AUGAUGUAUUAUCCAACGGGAAUGGGCCGUCACACAGGCCAUCAUUAUCAUAAUGUGGCUGCUCAAAUGCAUGCAUAUCUAAAUGAUCCUGGUUAUCACUAUCCUCAUUAUGCAAAAACUUAUCAUGGAGGAGGAGGAUAUGGAGGAGGAUAUGGAGGAGGAUAUGCUGAUCUUUUACAAUAUAGUGCUCAACAAUUUGGAAUUGAUCCAAUGGUUGUUAGUGGUGCUACUACUUUUGCAAGAAGUUUUAUGUACAAUUUACUUUCAUAA